CACCGCUCCCUCCCCCCACCCUUGCAGGGAAAGGAGCAGCGGCGGAGGGAGAGGCAGCGGUCGAACCGGCUCGACAGUUGCAUCGGAGCGCAGGAAGCGCACCAUCAGCCCCGGGAUAUGGACACUGACCGGGAGCAGAGGGGGAGCUGCUCAGCCCCAGGCCGGUGCUGAGACCCUCCCAGCCCCAGGCAUUGGCUUGAAAGCAGAAAUGGAAGUGGAAAAAGAAGAAUUAUUUGGAUAAUGAGAAGUGCACCUUGCAGAUCUGAAACUACGGGACCGUGAUUCAGCUGCAGGAUGGUUACUUGGCUGUGUCUGUCUCCUGUGGAUUGCUAGCAGAACAGCAAAUAGUGUACCAAGAGAAGAAGCACCCACUCUGAGCUUUGGAUUUAUUACUGGUAUAGAACGACACCAAGGGUUUUUGGAGCUUGCCCUGGUGAGAAUCUGGUGAUGUCAUUGUGUACAAUGCUUCUUUACUCAAGAUGGAGUUGUCCUGCAUCACUUUUGCAACGUGUGCCCACCAUUUGCUUAAAUGUAGACUACAGUGCUGCUCUCUGGAUAUUUAGCUUUGCCAUCAGGGUCAUAGUGUUGGAAGGUCAGAUCAAUUACCCAACUGUGAAUACGCAUUAUGGAAAACUGCGGGGGAUUCGAAUUCCCUUGCCGAGUGAGAUUCUUGGGCCUGUGGAUCAGUACCUGGGAGUUCCAUAUGCUGCUGCUCCUAUUGGGGAGAAAAGGUUCCAGCCACCUGAACCUCCGCCUUCCUGGUCUGGGAUACGCAAUGUUACUCACUUUGCCCCUGUCUGCCCGCAGAACAUUCAUGGAAUGGUACCAGAAAUCAUGUUACCAAUCUGGUUCACGGCUAAUUUGGAUAUAGUUGCAACUUACAUCCAGGAUCAAAAUGAAGACUGCUUGUAUCUAAACAUCUUUGUCCCCACAGAGGAUGUAAAAAGAAUAUCGAAGGAAUGCACAAGAAAACCCAACAAGAAAAUAUGUAGAAAAGGAGGGGCCAACGCAAAGAAACAGGGCGAUGAUCUUGCUGAUAAUGAUGGCGAUGAAGACGAAGAUAUUCGUGACAGUGGGCCCAAGCCAGUAAUGGUGUAUAUUCAUGGAGGGUCAUACAUGGAGGGAACAGGAAAUAUGAUUGAUGGCAGCAUAUUGGCAAGCUAUGGCAAUGUCAUUGUUAUCACACUCAACUACCGUGUUGGUGUCCUGGGUUUCCUAAGCACUGGAGAUCAAGCUGCAAAAGGCAAUUAUGGACUUCUGGAUCAGAUUCAGGCCCUGCGCUGGAUCAGUGAAAACAUAGCCUUCUUUGGAGGGGAUCCUUUACGGAUUACAGUUUUUGGAUCUGGAAUUGGAGGAUCAUGUGUCAGUCUUCUCACUCUGUCUCAUCAUUCAGAAGGCCUUUUCCAACGAGCAAUUAUUCAGAGUGGGUCAGCCUUAUCGAGCUGGGCGGUGAAUUAUCAGCCUGCAAAAUACACAAGAUUACUAGCAGAGAAGGUGGGCUGCAACAUGUUGGAUACCCUCGACAUGGUGGACUGUCUGAGACAGAAGUCCUACAAGGAGCUAGUGGAGCAGGAUAUCAAGCCAGCACAGUACCAUGUUGCAUUUGGCCCAGUCAUUGACGGAGAUGUAAUACCAGAUGAUCCUGAAAUUCUAAUGGAACAGGGAGAGUUUCUAAAUUAUGACAUCAUGCUGGGAGUCAACCAGGGAGAAGGAUUCAAAUUUGUGGAAUGGAUAGUGGAUCAGGAGGAUGGCAUAUCUGGAAGUGACUUUGACUUCACUGUCUCUAAGUUUGUGGAUAACCUUUACGGCUACCCUGAGGGUAAGGAUACACUCCGGGAAACAAUCAAGUUCAUGUACACAGACUGGGCAGACCGAGACAAUCCUGAGACACGACGAAAAACUUUAGUGGCUCUGUUUACUGACCAUCAGUGGGUGGAGCCUGCAGUGGUAACAGCUGAUCUGCAUGCUCGCUAUGGUUCUCCUACAUAUUUUUAUGCUUUCUACCAUCACUGUCAGAGUGACAUGAAACCAGCCUGGUCUGAUGCUUCCCAUGGUGAUGAAGUGCCCUAUGUCUUUGGAAUUCCCAUGGUUGGACCAACUGAUCUGUUUCCCUGCAACUUUUCAAAAAAUGAUGUGAUGCUUAGUGCUGUCGUCAUGACAUAUUGGACAAACUUCGCCAAAACAGGUGAUCCCAACAAGCCAGUGCCACAGGAUACUAAGUUCAUCCACACAAAAGCAAAUCGUUUUGAAGAAGUGGCCUGGUCCAAGUACAACCCACGAGAUCAGCUUUAUCUCCACAUUGGUCUGAAGCCACGAGUGCGGGAACACUACCGUGCUACCAAGGUGGCCUUUUGGAAGCACUUGGUCCCUCACCUGUACAACCUACACGACAUGUUCCAGUACACAUCUACCACCACCAAGGUGCCUCAGCCCAACACCACUCCCAUCUCCUAUGCGACCAGGCGUCCCAACGGCAAGACAUGGCCCUUCACCACCAAGCGGCCAGGCUCCGGCUUGAGUCCAGCUUUCAACUCCAAUGAGCAACAGAAGGAGAACUGGGAUUCAGAGCAAGACAGUGGCUCCCUGUUGAUUGAAAACCCUCGGGACUACUCCACUGAACUAAGUGUCACUAUUGCAGUGGGAGCCUCACUACUUUUCCUCAACGUUCUGGCCUUUGCUGCUCUGUACUACCGCAAGGACAAACGUCGCAAUGAUCCCCACCAGCAACCCAGCCCACAGCGCAACACCAGCAAUGACAUGGCACAUACGCAGGAGGAAGAGAUCAUGUCACUGCAAGUGAAUCAAACCCACCAUGAGUGUGAGAAUAUCCAGGCGCCUGAGUCCAUGCGUCUUCCUUCACUGCCAGACUACACCCUGACUCUCCGCCGCUCACCUGAUGAUAUACCCCUCAUGACCCCCAACACUAUCACCAUGAUCCCCAAUUCCUUGGUGGGCAUGCAGUCCUUGCAUCCUUACAACACCUUUGCUGCUGGUUUUAACAGCACAGGGCUGCCUCAUUCACAUUCCACCACUCGGGUAUAGUCCUGGGCAGUAACCUUCCAGGAGGCGGGAGUGAAUGAGCCGCCGGGUAGAGACCCCUUCCCACAUAGACUACUCCAGCCUGCUGGAUUUUAACAACCAUCUGAUUAACACGUGCACUGCACCAUCCUUACAAGAAGGCUGUCUCCCUGGGAACUUCAAAAGACAUACAUUCACACCGGGCCUUCUUGUUUGAACAGACAACUUGACAUUUUAUAAAAUAAUCAAAUUAAGAAAAAGUUUCAAAAAAAAAACAAAAAUGAGGGAAAGUGAAAGUGCUUUUGUUACCGGUGUGGGGAAGCAGCGGCAGACACCUGCCCACAUUUAUCUCAUUGUUCACAUGCCUUAGCCACACAGGCUGCUACGCUCCAUGUAUUUUUUAAUCACUUUUAGAGCAGCUUAGGAUAUACUAGCACCAAGGGGAUUGGAGGAAAUGUGCACACACAAAGACUGAAAAAUUGUCACCUGGAUUCUUCACAGUGGUUCUCCCAACUGACUGCCGUAUCUCCGGUGAAAUUCACGAAAACACUGGAUAGUUGCAGUGAUAGAUCGGGAGAGGCCCCUGGAAAACUCCUGGUGUGCUUUGUUCUUCAUUAAACAUUAAGCACUGUCAAGAGCAGAGGGAGAGAUUAUCUCCUCAGCUUUGUUUAUUGUUUUGAGUUCAUUUCUUUUUGCUCAGAUAGUCCUAGAGUCAGUAAACUCUGAGGUGGACCUGGUUCUGGGUCCAGAACCUUCCUGCAAUGAAUGCCCUGUUGUAAUACUGGCCAAUAUUAAUGGCUAAGAAAUUGAAAGGGGCACCUAAGUCAAGAGUGCAACAUUUUUAGCUCUCUAGAAGCUGCCAGUGAAGCUGUUCUUUUACUGCCAUUGCAUUUAACUUGACAGCCAGGGAAGCAUUUUUGCCCACCCAUUACCCCUCCACUUGCCCUCAUCAUAUGAUGAGCUGAAGCUCACUUAUUGGGGAAGCACUUUGUAUUUUUGUGGCUUGACAAAAAUCUAACAAACUUUAUACAGAUCUGUUUAAUUUUCUUUGGGCUGCGUGGAGAAUCUUCAAGUAAAGCAAAUAAUACAGCUUUAGAUAGUGUGCACCCCUUAAUUUUUUAUACACAGUGAAUUGUGACACGUGCCAAAUUAGAACCAGCAAAAUUUCUUGGUGGUGGUGGGUGGGGGGAGGUGGGAGGGGAGGGGGAUUGUUUUUAACUGUGUCUGUUUUGUAUUUUGGUAUAAGCAAUCUGUUGCUGUAUGUUACUUCGUGUAAAAACUAGUUUGCAAUUGAGAGCGUGCCAAGGGAUUUAGUGCCACAGAUACACUCCAUGUCCUGACAGUUUUCAAUAAGAUUCAGGCUUCAGUCCAUGUGCUUGAUCCAGACUAGUGAAGACCAUGCUGUCAAUGGGAUGUUGUCUUCAACCCCACAUCAAAUUCCUCCCAUGACAGCCAGACUCCAACCAAGGUAAAACACAUCAAUCCCUUGGGAUUGCAUACUCUCGAUCCUCCACCAUACCAGGCAGUAACACAUACUCUGCAUCCUGUUCCUGGUCCAAGGUUUUUAAUAUGUUUUAGAGCCUCCUUUAUGUUGUGAAUGUGUGUUUAGUAGGAUUGGAUUGAAAGCAUUAAGGGGCUGAAAUUGGUCCUCAUCGUGCUUGUUACGUGAGUGGAAAAACAGGUGCAAAUUGUCCUCUGUUGUGAGGGCAAUCUCCUGCAUCCCAAGGACUCCUAACAGAUGUUGGACCACAUUUUGAUUAAGUGAAUUUUCUAGAAAUCUUGGUAGCUGCUUCAAACAAGCAUUAAGCAUCUUUCAUAUGUUUUAGACCAACUAGGUUGGACACAACGAGCAGUGCAUUUGUCAGGUAGCUUUGCUCAGCAAGCUGCAGUAGUCACUGCACUGAAGUAGCAGCACCCAACAAAAACAUAGUUUACAUUUGUAAAGUUUGGCAUAGGAGCAGGAGUAAUCACCCUGAAUCCACCCCACUCCCAAAAACCACUUAUUGUUGAGAUCAACCCUUCUCCCAUUGCCCACCAACAAGAAAAGCAAUCUCAGUUUCCUCGCCAUUAGAUGGACGAGCUGCCUUUGGAGAUGCAGCAGGCAGACGAGGUCACUGGUUGUGCAUUUCCAAUGGGCCAUCCCCAAUUUCUCCUCCAGAAACCCCUUCAGUGCUCCCUGAACCAGCCUGAAGGGAAGGAAGUAGACAAUCACUUCCUGAAUUUGAACCCAAUACUCAAUUAUAAGUAACAGCACAUACAUUACUCUCAGUCCCCCAAAAUACAAUUGGAUGACAUUUGGCUUGUUCCUCACCCCAUUCUCCAGUGUUUGAAAGUCAGAAAGUUUAGAUGAUAACAUUUGGUUGAAACUCCAAACUCAACUUGUAGCAUGACAAAUAAUUGUUGAAAGUUCAAUAUCCAUGGUUAUAGUCAAUCUUAGGAGAUACACAAAUAAAACACAAUUCAUAUUGCCCACAUGUAGCAGGUAUAAGCAUUAUUUUUCAUUCUUUGCCUAUAUGUUUAUUCCUCUAUCAUCACCCCUCUAUCAUCAAUUUUUAAUUGUGUCAAUCACUCAAUCACUUCCUAUACAGUUCCCUGUAUGACAGUUGGGGCUUAGUUGCUAGCAAUCUUGCCUCUAGAGUUAGAAGGUUCUGAGUGUGAGUCCUACCCCAGAAGCACAAAAGCCUAUGCUGGCAUUUCCUUGCCGUACAGCAAUACACUUUUGGAGCUGUUGAAUUGAAACCAUACUGCUUCCUCAGUUAUGCUGUACUCUAGCCAAUAUUCACCACUUGCUCAAUGUUUCCAAAACAAAACUUGGUAAUUUUAACAUUAUUGUUUCUGGGAGCUUGCUGUGCACAAUUUGAGCAGCAUGUAUGCUGUAUGAUAGUAAUCACCAAAAUUAGCUGUAAAACACAUGAGAUGUUAAAGGCACUACAUAAGUCUUUCUGUUCUGUGUUUAUUGCACCAUUGCUGUCCUACAGUAUCAUUCCUUUUUCUCUCAUUUGUUCUCUGCCCAUUUAGCUACAUGCCCAUUUUUCUUUUAUGCUAUAUCCAAUCCUUUUGUGUAUCAUUGUUCUUCACCCUACCAAGCAACAAUAAAUGCAAAUCAAAUAUGGAUUUAGCCAUGUUCAUUUCCUUUGAUAAAAUUUCAAACAAUCUUUUGUUUAAUGAGGGACACGUCAUUGUAGUUAAACCCUAAAGAAGUCCCACUAACCAAAUACACAGUAAAUUCUAAACUACAUUUUCCAUCCGAGAAAAGCAAUUGAAAUAAUGUUCGUUUUUUUUGCUUGCUAGGCUUCCAUCUAAAGCAAUUUAAAGCUGGACAAAGGUUCCUCCAAUUAUCAAGUAUUUCAACCAGUUUAUAAAAAUGCUCCCUCCUUCCCCUCACCACCCCCCCCACCCCCAAUUAAUUCUGCAUUUUCUUUAGAUCAGCAAAAACCCAAUGGUGGCCAUGAUCAAUGGAGUAUCAGUGAUUUUUCAAGAAGAAAGCACUUCCCGAUGGGAGAUUUUAUAUAGUUUCUGCUUGGGGUUUAUUGGGCUGAGUUAAAGACUGAUGCACAGCAUCAACACCCAUUUUGUGGUUUGUGAUAUCUAUCUUUAUGAUCUUUCAGUUUUAGUGUUUAAUUUAGAAUUGGGGGCAGGCUGUGAAUUGAGAUAUGGAGUUCUGUUGGUAGCUAUAGGACUCAUAACUGAAAUUAUGGUUACCUAUUGUCUCAAUGAAAGCAUCUCACUUUAACAUCUGAACAUUUGGGUUUAGAGCAAUGAUGACUAUGCGUUUACCUAUUUGUAACGUUAAGACUUGUCAAACCCUGUACAUCUGGAAUCAUAUAGGUUAAGGGGCAAAUAUUCCAUUGUGUGUUUAUAGAUGACCCUUUGAGUACUGAGGGUACCCAAGUCCGCAAAUACCUAGAUUUUAUUUCUUCUCUAUUCUGUUCAAGCUGUAUUGACUCUAUAUUUCUAAUUUGAAGAUGUCUUUGUGCAGGCCCUCUAAAUAUUUCUUAAUUCAUAUUACUCUCAGAAUAAACAGAAAAAAAUUAAUAUUGACAUUUGAUUUGUUUUGAUGCAGAAAUAACCCUGCAGAACUCAAAGGGUUAACAGCCACUCUUACUCAGGAGAGAAAAAAACAAAACAAAAGCCUGUCUAGAGUGUUCCCUGGAUCUUUCUAUCUGAAGAUAUAUAAAUACCAGUAAUGAUUUUUAUCAUAUAGAAUAUAAGAUUGAAUAUAACAUUGAAAUAUCUUAAUCACUCCAUAUUAGUCUGAAAGAAUAUUUUCAAAUGUACAGCAAAAGUAAAAGCGUAAUGAGUCUUGGUGGAAUUGCUCAAUGCAUUGUCCAGCCUAUAUGACUGCUACCAAUUUACAGAUGCUGGAUACAAGCCACCAGAUAUCAGAUUGUCCUUCAGGAACAUGUUAUAAAGUCACAGCAUCUCUGAUGUUGUAUUAAAUUGUUGUGAUAUCAUGAAGGAGACUGGUUGGACUCCUCCAACAUAUUUCUACCGAAAUGGAUGUUACCAUGCCUUUAAAUACAAACCUAUGUAUUGGAAUCCUUCCCUGUGCUGUGACAGAAUUGCACACUAAACCAGAGCCCAGAGCCUAUUUGCUAUAUCUCAAUAAGGACUAGCUGGAUCUUUGUUCCAGUUUAUGAGCUCAUUCCUAGCCCCAGUAAGUGUUCCACUUCACUUUGAUCCCACUGUGUGUUCUACAUUAGACACUUCUUUUCUCCACUCUACCCUUUAACCACAAUGCUUCUUUUAAUCUCUGAUUGAUGGUGGAGUGUUUCUGCAUCGAAAUAAAAUGAUA